AUGCGAUUUUUGGCGUGGAACAAAUGCACCAGGGAUGGUCAGUUUAUCUUCCUGGUGCAACAGACUGACACGCUUCCCACUCUGCGAUUGGACACAGUGGAGGUGAAGGGUCAGGGGUCAUGUGCCCCGGUGGUGAACACAGGAACUGCGCUGGUCUUUCUGUUUCCUGUGACGGAAUGUGGGGCGAGGAGAACGGAGACUGCAGAUGGGCUGGUCUAUGUGGUGGAAGUGACCGGAGAUCCCGAGAUCGAGGCUGGAGGAUUCGGACCCAUCACCAGAGACAGCUACCUGCGGCUGCAGCUCCAGUGUCUGUACUCUCGCUCUGGGACAGAGUCCCAUGAGAUGUCCGUGCUCAAUCUGCACCCCCCGCAGCCGGCCGCCAGCUUCGGGAACGUUACCGUGGAGAUGAGGAUAGCAAAGGAUUCCUCGUUCACUCGUUUUUUCCCCAGCUCCUCUCUCCCUCUCACUCGCUCCCUGCGGGAUCCCAUCUUCGUGGAGGUCCGGAUCCUGCCCCCGGCGAGCCCACGCCUCUCCCUGGUCCUGCGGGACUGUUUUGCCUAUCCCAGCUCCCAGCAGAGCCUGUGGGUGCUGCUGUACGACGGCUGUCCUAAUUACAUGGAUCAGCUAUUUAGCAGCACGUUGCUCAAAGUGAACUCUGUGGAUCAGCCAUCUCACUACCAGAGGUUCAACGUCCAAGCGUUCACCUUCAUCGACCUGCAGACAGGGGGCACCAGCGAGGAAGAGAUGUAUUUUUACUGCUGGGUUGAAGUGUGUGACCGGGACUCUGAGAACUGCCUCUCGAAAUGCCUCCCCGAGUUCACGACUUCUCCCCGGACUGGUAACCGCACCGUGACUAAACGGGAACUGGUUUCAGACCCUAACACUGCACUGGUUUCACUGGGACCCAUCGUACUGGUGCAGAACGAUCCCACAGCGCAGACAGUGGGACAGGCCGCAGCUCCUGAAUACAGUACAGUCUCCGAGUUCCUCUCCUCUUAUUCGAUCUCCGCGGUUUGUUCCUCCGCCGUUUUCUUUCUCGUUUUUUCCGCGGCGGCCGCCGUACUGUGUCGCGGCUCGAGGAAGGGGGAGGGGCCCGGGGGCCCGCGUUGCCCUGGAAACGGGAGACGCGAAUCGAGAUGCCACGAAAAUGAAGCUUAA